AUGCCUGCCAAAGACGAGACGAAGUCUGCCGCUGUUUCUGGUGACCAGAACGGCAAAGGUGGCAAGUCCAGCCUCGCCCCCAACAGCAAUACCGACGGACCAUGCACCACCAUUGCCGAACUGGACACCAAGUUGAGCACCUUCUUCUCGAAGAAGCUGCGCAAUCUUGAGAAGCGAAAGACUCGUUUGCUUGAGAUCAAGGCAUUGGAAGACAAGGGACAGCAACUUGAGGCUGAACAAUUGGUUGCAGUCAAGAAGCUGGACAGUGUCGUCGAAAUGAUUGACUUGCUUAAGGAUAUCGGAAAGUCCGUGUCUGAUGAGUUGUCAAACUACGGAAAGCAGCAGAAGAAGCUGCAAAAGCGCGAGGCUCAUGAAAAGCAAAUUGAACGUAACCAGCAAGAGAGCGAGCGUAUAAAGUUGUGGCUCAAUGCGCAAUUCAUUCUGGCUCGACUCGGCUCCGCCAAGAAUGACUUGCUGCAAGGAGAAAACGGUGCUGUGAAACUCGAACAAAAUCAGGUUGAUGCUCUGGAGAAACUUGUUGAAGUACUGUCCGUGAAGAGUGUCGAUGCAAUUGAAUCCUCGGCCGAGAAGGUCAACCAUCUUCUCGACGGCAAUAAACGCGAGUUUUCCACCGGCGUUUCGUACUCGGUCCUGAAGGAAACCAUUGGCAAGUUGGUCGAGUCGAAGUACUUUGAUACAAUCGCCCCCGUCUCCGCGGAGCCUAUCGUUCCUGACACCAACAAUACCUCGGUUACUUCCUCUGCUGAUAAGGAGGAAACUGUGCCUUUAUCUGAGGUUUCUGCGCCCGUGACUACCACCGAAGAGCAGCGUGUGACUCCAGUGAAAAAGGAAACCAUUGGCAAGUUGGUCGAGUCGAAGUACUUUGAUACAAUCGCCCCCGUCUCCGCGGAGCCUAUCGUUCCUGACACCAACAAUACCUCGGUUACUUCCUCUGCUGAUAAGGAGGAAACUGUGCCUUUAUCUGAGGUUUCUGCGCCCGUGACUACCACCGAAGAGCAGCGUGUGACUCCAGUGAAAAAGUCUGAGAUCUCCGCCAAGGUUGAGCAGCCGAAACCAUCUGCGGUCCAGCAACAGCCUCAUCCCCAGCAACAGCAGCCGCUGCCGUCGCAGCAGCAGCAGCAACAGCCGAGCAAUGUCCACCUGAACCAGCUGUGUUUCAUGCGCAAUCCCGAAAAUGAGCUCCUGGGACACAAAGAUCCGGCUGUGGUGGCUGUGUCUUCGAACUUUCCCUACCAGCCUCAACUUGCCCAGGGCGGCCACCCUGUGUCAAGCGUCCCGAAUAUCGUUCCUCCGAAUACCAUUUCCAGCCAACACUUUACGCCGCACAUGUACCCGCCCGUGUCUAUUCCGACGCAAACAUUCACCAAUCCUAGUUAUCAGGCUCUCAUCCCAGGUACCAAUCAGUAUAUCCCAGUGACGAUGACCGGACAAAUUCCCCACCAAAUGCAACUUGCCGAUCAAAGCCUCCAGAUGCGCAACCCAGGUCAAGGAUACAUUUCGCCCAUUCCCACCAACGAGAAGCAGAUUGUCGAUCAAGUCGCCGUCGGUGAUAAGCUGCAGCAGCCGCAAUUUUCCACUGAUGGUGGAAUUCCCAAAGAUGCCUCAACCCUGCAGCAAACUAGUCAAGAUGGCGGCGAUGGAAAGCCGAUCGUCACUGGUGGCGAGAAUGGAGGCGGUCAACCCAACGGACACUUCAAGCGAAACAAUCGCGGUGGCGGACCUCGUGGCAGUGGAAAUCCUCGAG